AUAAAGUACCAGCACUUGCUGAAGAAAAAAUACGUAUGUCCUCAUCCCUCCUGUGGUCGGCUCUUCCGACUCCAGAAGCAGCUCCUGCGGCAUGCCAAACACCACACAGAUCAAAGGGAUUACAUCUGUGAGUACUGUGCCCGGGCAUUCAAGAGUUCUCAUAACUUGGCGGUGCACCGAAUGAUCCAUACAGGCGAGAAGCCCUUGCAGUGUGAGAUCUGUGGAUUCACUUGCCGGCAGAAGGCUUCCCUCAACUGGCACAUGAAGAAACAUGAUGCAGACUCCUUCUACCAGUUCUCCUGCAACAUUUGUGGCAAGAAAUUUGAGAAGAAGGACAGUGUCGUAGCUCACAAAGCCAAGAGCCACCCUGAAGUGCUUAUUGCUGAAGCACUGGCAGCCAAUGCAGGUGCCCUGAUCACCAGCACUGACAUCCUGGGUACUAAUACUGAGGCCAUUGUGCCACCCACUGAUGCCCAGGGCCUCCCCCUUCUUCCCUGACCCCCUGGGAAGCGCUGCCCCAGCAGAUUGCCUGCUGCUGAACCCAGAUGGGAUGCCGAAGACAUACUGCAGUGGGGCAGACCGUGUGAGCCUGGUAGCUGAUGGCAAGCUCUUUGUGGGCAGUGGUAGCAGUACAAACCCAGAGGGGCUGGUGAUGAACACAGAGAUCCUGGGAGCCACCACAGAGGUGCUCAUUGAAGAUUCAGACUCCACUGGACCUUAGUGGGUGGGGAAGCACGUGGGUCCUGGGACAGUUUGGACUCUGUAUUUAAAAGGACAAACAAACAACAAAAAAAGCCGAAACAUGUACUGAAAGAGAGAAAAGUUAAAGGAACACUCACAAUACUAGUAAAUAACCGAAGGGUCUGCUCUCCUCCAGCAUGGAUCACAGCACAUCCUCUCUGUCCCAUCCACUGCUCCUUUGUAGAAAGGGGCACAUGCUGCCAUUACCAGAGCAAGUUGGAUUGAGCAGUGGAUUUUUACAAGGAAGGCGGGGGGGAUUGCUGAAACCUUUUGCUCUACUCCAGAGCAGAUGCCUUUCUGGCUCUUUGACAUGGCCCCCACUCACAAACUAGAAAGCAUUUGAUGUGCUCUGGGCAAGUUUCUUAGGACUCUCUUGCCCCUGGUCCCAACUUCUAUGCAUUGCUACACUCUGGUCCUUGCAGUUUCAUUCUUCCUCCCAGGGCUGGGAGUUUGGCUUGGCACUUUAGGCCCCCUCGGCAGGGUGAGCUGUGGAACAGCGCAUGUCCCUCUCCCCACUGCACUCCUUGGCUCCAGCUCUGGCAGGAAGUUAAGGGAACGCCCUGGCUCAUAGAUCAUGUUUGCUCGGAGAGGCCCGGGGGCUAGGGGAGCCCUGCGUGGGAGAGGCAAGGAGGAGCAUCCCAGUUUGGCGACAGUAAUUUGCACUUUGAACAUGUUUCGGUUUUGUGUUGUGGUAACAAGAUUCCUUAUUUAUUGAUGAAAAAAAGGGUCGGUAUUUUUUAGUUCUGUUCUUAGGGGUGGGGGUGGAAGGGGUUGGGGCUGUUUCCUAGUGUGCUCCUUUGCACUAACGAGUUGCAGGGAGCACGUCAUGCUGUCGUAACAGCAGCCAGGAGAGCCAAGGUGAAGGAAGGCAGUGUUCUGGAGGCAGAUGUGUCUCACAGCUUUUCCAGAGGAGGGGAAGAACCCCUGGAGAUGAGCCUGUUUGCAGGAUGAGAGGCGGGAAUUUGCAGUGUUGUGCCAGGCCCCAGGCACAGAAGAGGGGGAGAGCCAGGCCAGCGGACGCAUGAGCAGAGCUCCCAGCUGGAAUGCACCAGCUCAGCAAGGGAUUGUCCUUCCUGGGCCGGGCAGGCGCUGCGCCCUGAGCCUGAUGCCCCAACAGCUGCCUGGGCCAUGGCGGCAGCAGGCAGCCCCUCAGCUGCCCUCCGGUGCCGUGACCUGUGCAGCAGAGGCAUUCGCCUGGCUGGGAAGAUGCGGUCAGAUGUCAUCGACCUCCUGGACACCUAUGUGGAACAGCAGGGACUGGAUGCCUCGGCCAGUGUGGCGGCAGUGGAAGGGGUGCCACUGGCAGCAGUGGAGCGCUGGGAUGAGCUGACAGGGACCCAGCGGCUGCUGGAGAACCUGGCGGCAUACCGGGCCUUCCGAGCCCUGCUGGCCCAGAUGUUGGAGGAGCAGCAGGAGCAGCUGGGUGAGGCUGAUGCUACCUUGGGCCGGGCUCUGACAGCUGUCCUGCUCCAGGUCUCAGCCUUCAUCUACCACCUUGAGGAGCUGCUGCGGCUGGAGAGCCGUGGCCCCCCCAGGGAGGAGGGAACUGGGCCCCCCCCAGCCUCCCACCUUGGUCUCUUUGAGAGGAAGCUGCGGGGCCUAGGGGUGCUGCGGGAGCUGGCCCAGUGGGCUGUCAGGUCUGCUCGGGACCUGCGGCAGCUCUCCAGGACCAGCCCUGUCAGCAGCUCAGCCCCCAGCCCAGCUGACAGCCCUUGAAGGUGAAUGUGGAGCAGGGGUCUUGGGUCCUGCUAGAACAUAGCAGGGUCUCCUUGCCCAGCCCUGCAGAGGGCUGCUGAUAGUAAAUGGGGUUGUUCAGGGAGGGGGUGUGGUGGGAGGGACUGCAUCAUUAGACCCCCCUAGCCCCCCAUACUUUUGAUGCCACUCCCUGUGGGCCUCUGGCUUUGGGGAAAUUGAGGCAUGAGCUGCACUCACCCCAGAGGGGAGCAGUGAUUCCCAAGCAGAGCAAGCCUCGGGGGGUGGCUUGUGUUCUUUCUGCUGUGAGGUUGGAAUUAUCUCCUGGGAAGCAUCAUUGCUGCUCACUCCAGGGGCCAGAGGCUGUGACCUUCAGCAGGCUUCAGUUGUACUGGCUUUUUCUUCAUAAUGCAGUCACUGCCUGCCUUGCGAUGGCCAGGUGCUUGGUGGAAACUGCCUUGAGGCUCUCACAGAGGCAAGGCAGAAGGGACAGAAACCUAUGAACUGGUAAGAGGAGUCUUGGAAACUGCCCCAAGCUGCAAGAUGCAAGGCUUCCACCUCUUUCACGUGGA